CCUCCUGUGGACAACGCUACAAAACUAGCCAGCUGGUAUCGACAACGUUAUCGCAGCCAUGGCCAUGAACACAGCGUUCCUUGGGCUGCUGCAGCUGCUGCUCCUCCUCCUACCGCCUUCCCUCCGUGAUUACCUGUGGGCGGCGACUAGCGACCAUGGCGUGGGUCAGAAGCUCCAAGUCUACCACCCCAUUAUCAUGAGCGCCGGCAUCAGCUGCCCCGUCCUGGAGGCGCGGCUCACCGACGCCUACACUCCGUCGCUGCCUCACUGCGGCGAGCUCAAAGGGAAGGGAUGGUUCCCGCUAUGGAACAGCAAACAGGACCUGGUCGACCAUGACUACAUCUCGUGCUUCGAGGAGCAGAUGAGCCUUGUUUUCGACCCCGUCACCAACGACUACCAGAACCGGCCUGGCGUCGAGACUCGCGUUCCAGACUUCGGCUCCGCUUAUGGAUUCUCCUACAAGGAUGAUAGCUGCCCAUUUUGCUGUAACAUAAAGCUCCGUGAUGAACUCGAAACACUUGGAUAUCGAGAUGGAGAUACCCUUUUCGGUGCUCCUUAUGACAUACGCCAUGCUCCACCACGCCCGGGCCAUCCUUCCAAGGUGUCCUCGGAAUACUUCGCUCGUCUCAAGGAUCUGGUGCAGAAUGCAAGUGCGAAGAAUGGGAACAAGCCGGUUAUCUUCGUCGGGCAUAGCUUUGGCGGAAAGCUCAUCCUCGACUUUGUGAAUUCUACCCCCCUUCCAUGGAGGAAACAAUUCAUCAAGCACCUGGUUCUACUCUCGCCAACACCUUCUACAGGUUUCAUGGAGGUCGUCACAAACCUUGCCUCAGGACCGUCCUGCAUUCAUUUUGAUGCCGCUCCACACCUUGCUUUGCGAACGAUGUGGUGGUCAUUCGCAAGUUCCCUUCUAUCUCUGCCAUCCCAAGCGGUAUUUGCCCAUGAGCCACUCAUAGUCACCAACCAAAGGAACUACUCGGCAUAUGACUAUCCAGAUUUUCUUGCGGCAGUCGGUUUUAGUAUGGAAGGAAUGUUGCCCUCUACUAAAUUGGCGCUUCCUACAAAUUUGAGUGUUGAGGCGCCAAUGGUUCCAACGACAUACCUGAGUGGUGUUGGUAUUCAAACAAUAAAGCAGGUGGUAUUCUGGGACGGCAACUUCGAUAUCUACCCAGAAGAUGUGUUUGGCGAUGGAGAUGGGGUUGUCAAUUGGAAUAGCGUGUUGGUAUUCGUCAAUGAACUCAAAAGGCAGCAUUCUUCGGAGAACAUACUCUUCAAAUUCAUCAAGAUCCCUAAUGUUACUCACAGUGAAAUUGCUAUUCAAGACAACUCUCUCAAGAUAAUUAUGGCUGAAAUUUUAGAAGCCAAUUCUUGAAGAUUCGUGUGUCAUUUGUGUCUUGUUGAUAAGGGCAGGAUCACCACUACUUAUAUUUCACCAUCUACGUAUAUGCUGAAGUUUGGACCUUUCUGCGCCGAGAUUCCUCCUAAAGAUGCGGUGAAGAAUUUCAGAGAACCUCCAACGCUAUUUCAGUUUGGUCUCGAAGUCAUGAUUAAGAAUUAGGCUUGAGCCUUUAUUUUGAUUUCAGCUAAGUCACACUUUAUUUUCAGUUUGAUUUUAUUUUUGUGAGUUGGUAUUUGGGCUUGUCCAAAUACAAUUCUAGUUGGGCCACUUGGGCCUUAGUUGUCUCUUGGCGCCACACUCCCAGCCAAAUUUCCUUGGAGUCACCCUGUAAAGGGCUCAUGGCAGCCGCCAUUGUAUCUUAGGUUAUAAUUUUGGAGUUUAAGUAUGAACCUCAAAAGUCCCAAUGUUUGUUCGUUGUGCAUGCAUGCUGCUUUUCAA